GUCGCCUUAGUAUGACGCCAUAACGUCGCGCCAAGCUAAGUAGUUAGCUGAGUACGGCUACGACUUCUGGAAGGUGCGGAGCUAACGCCAACUAACCGUCAGCGGGCUAAUCUUUCCCUGAAGUACAGAGACAGCUGGGUCUCUCUCCUUAGUAACCACAGAGAGGUCUGAGCCUCCGUCACCAUGACAGACAACAAGCGUCUCGCCUUCUCCAUCAUCCAGUUCCUCCACGAUCAGCUGCGGUCAGGGAAUCUGACCUCGGAUGCUCAGGAGAGUCUGGAAGUUGCUGUUCAGUGUUUGGAGACGGCGUUUGAAGUUUCCACCGACGACCAGAGCCUCGCCGUCCCAAUGUCGUUACCGGAGAUCUUCGCCUCAGCCACAGCAAAGCUUCCAGGAGAGUCACAGGUCAACAAUAACUCCACUCAGAACACCCUCACGGAGGAACAGAGAGCCGAGGCUGAGACACUCAAAACUGAAGGAAAUGACCAAAUGAAAGUGGAGAACUUCGCGGCCGCAGUCGAGUUUUACUCAAAGGCCAUCGCCAUCAACCCUCAGAACGCCGUCUACUACUGCAACAGGGCUGCAGCGUACAGUAAACUGGGGAACUAUGCCGGAGCGGUGCAGGACUGUGAACGGGCCAUAAGCAUCGACCCAAACUACAGCAAAGCCUACGGGAGGAUGGGUUUGGCUCUGGCCAGCCUCAACAAACACACAGAAGCAGCGAGCUACUAUAAGAAAGCUCUGGAGCUCGACCCCGACAACGACACUUACAAAACCAACCUGAAGAUCGCAGAGGAGAAGAUGGAGACGUCCAGUCCAACAGCGGGGAUGGGAGGAGUCGACCUGGCCGGUCUGCUCAGUAACCCCGGUUUCAUGAACAUGGCGUCCUCUCUGAUGAAUAAUCCUCAGGUUCAGCAGCUGAUGUCGGGGAUGAUGUCAGGGGCGUAUGGCGGGAUGGGAGGAGGCGCAGCAGCAGCAGCUCCUGGAGCCGCAGGAGCCGCAGGAGGAGCUGGAGCCACAGGACCUGCUGGAGCUGCUGGACCUGGAGAUUUAUCAGGACUGAUCCAGGCAGGUCAGCAGUUUGCUCAGCAGAUGCAGCAGCAGAAUCCUGAACUUAUUGAACAGCUGAGGAGUCAAAUCCGCAACCGAAUGCCCAGCUCGGGGAACGAGGAACAGCCAUGACAGUCAGUAUGGUUGGAUAGGCGUGUGUGCGUGCGAAGGAGAACAGCUGAUUUGGAUCAUUUAUAACCCGAAGGACUUUAAAGUUUUUUUGUUCCAUCACUGAAUAUUUUCCUGCACGAGAGAAUGAGGUGCCGACGCCACGAUCAGGAGCCACGUCACCAAAAAACAACGGCCUCUCCAUGCGGCUCUGUGUGGUUUUUAGGAGGAACAGUUUGAAGUAGCACGUUAAUAUCAGACAGAUAAAUUCUAAUAAUAAAACAUGGACCUAUCAUGUUCAACAGUUUGGAACACAGGCUUGAAAUUUCUUCUUCAAACUACACAGUGAAACUUUAAAUGUUUGUUCAGAACCCUGUUUAUGAUAUCUGAGGAGUGUGUGAGAGCGUGAGUGAAAGAGUGUGUGACAAUGUGUGAAUCUGGGUAGGUUUAGAGAGAGAGAAAGCUGUUCAAACAGUCUUGAAAUUAAAAGAGCAUCUCAACAUUUUA